ACAAGCAGCUUGUUAGGUUUGCGGAUGAGAGGUGGUUGUUGGCGCAGACGGUAAUAUGGCGGCGGCUGUAUUGCAGCAGUUGUUCGAUCGUAGUGAGCUUGCCAAACUCCCCAAAAUUACCGUGGCCAAACUCGAGAAGCUGAUCGCCGAUAAAGAUGCGGAUAUAACUAACCUGAAAGCCAAAUAUGAGCGUUUCAAAAUUGACAGCGAGCAACAGUAUUUUGAAGUGGAAAAACGACUGACCCAGGGGCAAGAAAAGUUAGUAUCUGAGAUGCAAGAAUGUCAAAGGCUGCGUGAGGAACUUUCUGCACUUAAUGAGCAAUUGAAGGUAAUUAAGGCACAAAAUGAGGAACUAGGAACAGCUAAAGAAAAUCUAAUCAGUGUGGAGAGCCAACUUUCUCGCACAAAGGAUGAGUUGGAUAACGAAAAACGAGAACUGGUGAGAACACUUGAGCGUCGGUCACAGGAAGUGGAACACUUGAAUGAGGAUUUGAAAUGUCUAAAUGAUAAACUUGUAGAAGCGAAUUCAGCAAAGAUAGAUCUUCAGUUAAAACUUGAUGAACUUCAGGUAUCGGAAGUCUCUAUUAAGUAUCGUGAAAAACGCCUUGAACAGGAAAAGGAGUUAUUGAUGAACCAGAAUAGUUGGUUGAAUGCAGAAUUAAAAACCAAGACUGAUGAGCUACUUGAGCUUCGUCGUGAAAAGAGCAAUGAAAUUCUUGAACUUAGAUGCACUCUAGAGAACAAAAAAGAUGAGAUGUGCAGUAUGGAAGAGCAGAUCCAGACUUUGAAAGUGGCUAAGGAAAAUUUUGAGAAGCAGAUUGAAGAAUUAAUGAGUAAAUUGAAAGAGUCUAAGGAGCAGUCGGCAACCAUGGAGGAGAGGUUUCGAAAUGAACUGAAUGCUCAUGUGAAGUUGUCAAACUUGUACAAGGGUUCUGCAGAUGAUGCUGAAGUGAAGGCAACUGAACUGACCAGAGCAGUUGAGGAGCUUCAUAGUCUACUGAAACAAGCAAAUGAAGCCCAUAAAAUAACUGAAGAUCGACUGGUUGAGGUCGAUGCCUCCAAGACCAGAGUAGUUGCUGAGCUGAAUGAAAAGAUCAACAAACUUGAAAAAGAAUUGGAAAAUGCUAAUCAUCUCCUGUCAGCUACGAAACGUAAAGGAGCAGCCACCCUUUCAGAAGAGGAACUGGCAGCUAUGUCACCCACUGCAGCAGCUGUUGCUAAGAUUGUAAAGCCGGGAAUGAAACUUACAGAGUUAUACAACGGAUAUGUAGAAGCCCAAGACCAAUUGCUACUGGCAAAACAGGAAAACAAGAGAGUGAACAAAUAUUUGGCUGAAAUUGUGAAAGAAGUGGAGAUGAAGGCUCCACUUUUGAAGCGUCAGCGGGAAGAAUAUGAGCGGGUGCAGAAGGCUGUAGCACAUCUCUCGGCUAAACUAGAAGAUGCCAUGAAGGAAAUUCGGCGUUUGCAAAAAGGCACUGAUGAAGCGAAUAAACAUUCUUCACUGCUCACCAGGGAGAACCAGAGAUUAAAGAUGCAAGUGUCAGACCUCUCUCAACAGAAUAGAGUUCUUUUGAUGGAACUGGAGGAUGCACGUGGAAACCAUAUUCUGCGUGAGGAUGAAGUUAGUUCUGCUGAUAUAAGCAGUUCCUCGGAAGUCAUUACACAGCACCUUGUAACGUAUCGUAAUGUUGAGGAGUUGCAACUACAGAAUCAGCAGCUGCUGGUGGCCAUUCGUGAACUUGCUGAGAAACAGGAACAGGAGGAGCAGGAGAAAACAUCUACACGAAUAUCUGAGCUUGAAUUGAAUCUUUCGGAAGCUUUGAAUGAACUUGAAAGACUUCGUGAAGCACGGACUCACCAAAUGCAAUUGGUAGAAUCAAUUGUACGGCAACGUGAUAUGUAUCGGAUACUACUUGCACAGAUGACGGGAGUGACCAUUCCAAUCCAGGAAACAGAAGACGCAUCUUUAAUUUCAUCCACUCCAAAAUCGUCUCCAGGGAAAUCCAAACCAGUGCCACAAAUGACCUCCACACCAGCUCCUGUUCCUGUAGCAGAGUCUGCAGAGCUUGUGCAAGCAAGGACAGCACUGAAACAGCUCCAGUUGCACUUUGAAAGUUAUAAGACAGAAAAGGCAGAGAAUGAUAAAAUGUUAAAUGAACAGAAUGAGAAACUUCAAGAUCAACUGACACAACUUCGAACCCAGAGCACAAAACUUUCUACGCAGUUGGAAUUUGCUUCUAAAAGGUAUGAGAUGCUACAGAACAAUGUAGAUGGAUUUCGCCGUGAAAUAGCAUCCUUGCGUGAUAGAUGUCAGAAACUCACCACAACUGUUCAGAAACAAGAACACAUAAUUAGCAACAUGACUCAAGAUUUACGAGCAUCAAAUGAAAAAUUAGCUCUGGAGGAGACUCGUGGAGAAAAUUUGAGAAAAGAGAAAGAUAUGUUGAAGAUGGUGGAAGUACGUCUUACCCAAGAGCGUGAUUCAAAGUUUGCUGAGCUCAGGGGACAGAGCUUGCUGCUAACAAAUCUGCAAUCUAUUCAGUUGACUCUGGAACGUGCAGAAACUGAAACUAGGCAACGUUUAAACAGCCAAAUUGAGAAACAAGAACGUGAAAUAGAGAAGCUGAAAAAAAAAGUGGAAUAUGAAGUGGAUCAGUGGCAUUCACUUGGCAGAAACCAAGAUAUUCAACUUCUGGAGCUCAAGAAGCAGCUUGAAACUGAAUCUAAUCUCCACACAAAGACUAAGGAACUCCUGAAAAAUGCUGAGAAAGAAAUUAGUACCUUGAAAUUACACCUUAACAAUGUUGAAACUAAACUGGCUGAGACUAAAGGAGGUGAUUCUAAAGGAAAAUCUAGUACAGAAGAUGAUGUUGAUGAUCUCCAAUCACAGCUUCGCCAGGCUGAAGAGCAGGCAAAUGAAUUGAGAGAGCGUCUCGAGACUGCAACAAGCAAUGUGGAACAAUACAGAGACAUGGCUCUUAGCCUGGAGGAGUCCCUUAGUAAGGAGAAACAGGUGACCGAAGAGGUGCGCACUGCUGUCGAAUCACGCCUCAAAGAGGCAGCAGAGUACCAAGCACAGUUAGAAAAGCGCAUGUUGGAAGCAGAGAAUGAGAAACAAGCUCUCACUGAUGAGAAACGAAAAGCUAUAGAAAAUCUGGAACAGCAGACUUGUGAACUAAGAAGGAAUUUGAAAAGUCUCCAGGCUGAACUUCAGGAUGCCGUUCAGCGAGCAGCAGCUGCUGCAACCAAUGAACAGCAAGCCAGAGCUGACUGUCAAGAACAGGCAAGGAUAGCCUCCGAAGCACAGAAUAAAUAUGAGCGUGAACUGAUGCUGCAUGCUGCUGAUGUGGAAGCACUGCAGAUUGCAAAAGAGCAAGUAGCCAUGAACUCUCAAGUACGGCAGAAGUUGGAAGAUGCUGCUCAGAAGGCUGAAACACAGAUGUUGGAGUGUAAGACUGCUAAGGAUGAUAUUGAAAGAAUUUUGAAGGAUGAAAUUUCUCAGUUGACGACACGUAAAGAGGACCUGCAGAAACAGAACAAACUGUUGCUUGAGCAAGUGGAGAGCCUUAGUAAUAAGAUGGUAACCACAGUGCAAGAAGCAAGUCAGAGUUCCUUAAAUAUUUCUUUUAAUGAGGAGGGCAAGUCCCAGGAGCAGCUGCUUGAAAUUCUGAGAUUUGUGCGACGAGAAAGAGAAAUUGCGGAAACCAGGUUUGAAGUUGCCCAAGUUGAGUCACUGAGGUACCGCCAACGAGUGGAGAAUUUGGAGAGAGAAUUGAAAGAAGUGCAAGAAAGUCUAAAUUCUGAAAGAGAGAAAGUGCAGGUAACCGCCAAAACGCUGGCACAACAUGAUGAGCUAAUGAAGAAGACUGAAACUAUGAAUGUUCUCAUUGAAACCAAUAAGAUGCUGAGGGAUGAGAAAGAAAGGUUGGAGCAAGAACUCCAACAGUCACGGGCAAAGAUUUAUAAGCUGGAGUCCGAUAUCCUGCCUCUUCAGGAGUCUAAUACUGAACUUAGUGAGAAAAGUGGCAUGUUGCAAGCAGAGAAGAAAUUGCUUGAUGAGGAUCUCAAACGUUGGAAGGCCCGUGCUCAGCAAUUAAUCAGCCAGCAGAAAGAGACUGAUCCUGAUGAGUACAAGAAGCUAUUAUCAGAAAAGGAUACAAAUACCAAACGCAUUCAGCAACUGACUGAAGAAACUGGGAAGCUGAAGACUGAACUUGCUCGACUGAAUGCAUCAUCCUCUGUGUCACAGCGGGAUGUACAGACUUUGAAGACUGAACUCAGUAGAGUGACUGUUGAACGGGAUAAAUUGAAACAAGAGAUGUUGGCAAGGGUGUCAGAUAUUCAAGAAAAGAAUAAAACGAUCACUCAGGUUAAAAAAAUUGGCCGUAGGUACAAGACUCAAUAUGAGGAGUUGAAGGCUCAAUAUGAUAAGAUGGUUGCUGAGACAUCCUCUCAACUUACAGCAGACCAACAAGCAGAGCAGUCCUCUUCUCAAGCCACUCAAGAAUUGCAAGAAACACUGGCCCAGUCUGAAUCUAGAGCAAAGGCACUUGAGUCUCAGGCUGAAGCCUUGCAGAAGUCCGUUACUGAAAAGGAAUCUGAAGCAAAAAAAUUGCAAGAUGAAGUUUCCCAGUUGCACAGUGAACUUGCCCGCUUGAGACAGGAACUGCAGGAUAAAGCAAACCUUGAAGAACAGCUUCGACAGCAGAUUCUGGAGAAGGAAGAGAAGACUAAGAAAGCAAUAUUGGUAGCCAAACAGAAGAUAACACAGUUGGCUGGAUUGAAGGAGCAGUUGGCACAAGAGAAUGAACAAUUGAAACAGCACAAUGAAGAAUUUCAACAACGUGUCACUAGUUUAGAUCAGCAGAGAGAAGAACUGGAGGUGCGUAUGAGUGCACUGAAAUCACAGUAUGAUGGUCACAUUGCUCGACUUAAACGGGAGCUGAAGGAGCAUCAGGAUCGACAACAUGAACAGCGUGAAGAACCACAAGAAAUAACCAAAGCUUCUGAACCACAGAGACAACUGGAUCAACAGAGACAGAUAACCCUCAAACAGACUCCAGCAUCUGUGGACAGAGGAAGCUUGAGUACAUCCGAUCCUCCAACAGCCAAUAUAAAGCCAACUCCUCUUGUGGCAACACCCAGCAAGGUAGCUGCUGGGCCAGUACCAGGCAGUAAAUCUACACCAAGAGCCAGCAUCCGGCCGAUGGUUACCCCUGCAACCGUCACUGGACCAGCUACAACGCCAACAGCUACAGUAAUGCCAACAACACAGGUAGAAACUCAAGAAGCCAUGCAGUCAGAGGGACCAGUUGAGCAUGUAACUGUUUUUGGUAGCACAAGUGGAACAGUACGUUCAACAAGUCCAAAUAUCCCAAAUUUGUCACAGCCUAUUUUAACUGUGCAACAGCAACAGACACAGGCCACUGCCUUUGUACAACCAACUCAACAGACUCUUCAGGUGGAACCUGCUAAUCAGGAGCCAUCUUCAAGCAUGGUAGAUGUCAUGCAGAGCUCCCAGGUAGAAAGACCUUCAACCUCCACAGCAGUGUUUGGAACAGUUUCAGCCACUACCUUGUCCAAGCGUCAGCGGGAUGAUGAUGAUGAGACUAAUGCAGAUAAUGUAGGUCAUGGUCAGGACGAAUCUCUGGAGCAUCAGUCAAAGAAAUUGAGAGUUGUUAGAGUGGAAGAACAUUUGCAGGAGGUGGAAGAAAGUGCAGAAACAGACACAGAAAUGCAGGUGCAGCCAGAGAACCUGGAUUCACAAGACUCUAUCUCUCAGGUUAGUUGA